AUGACUAUCGUCAAAGUAGCUGCUAUCACUCUGGUUAACUUUGCCAUCCUAGGCUCAGGCGCACCAGCCAAGGGCUCAGAUGGCUUUAUCGCUGCACCAUACUACCCAGCACCUUAUGGUGGAUGGGUAGAAGAUUGGGCAGACAGCUAUGCCAAAGCUAAGAAGCUCGUUGAUUCUAUGACGUUGGCUGAGAAGACCAACAUUACAUCUGGUACAGGUAUCUAUAUGGGUAUUCCCUGCAAUGGUAACUCCGGAUCUGCUGAUCGUGUCGGUUUCCCUCAGCUGUGUCUGAACGAUGCAGCCAAUGGUGUCCGGCAAGCUGACAACGUCACCGUAUUCCCUGAUGGAAUCACUGCUGGGGCGACCUUUGAUAAGAAGCUGAUUUAUGAGCGCGGCGUAGCGAUCGGAAAAGAAGCGCGCGGGAAGGGUGUGAAUAUCUGGCUUGGUCCCUCCGUUGGUCCUAUCGGCCGAAAGCCCAAGGGCGGACGUAACUGGGAGGGCUUUGGCUCUGACCCAGCUAUCCAAGCCAUUGGUGCUCGAGAGACCAUCAAGGGUGUUCAGGAACAGGGUGUUAUCUCGACUAUCAAGCAUCUCAUCGGGAAUGAGCAGGAAAUGUACAGAAGACAGACCACCGAUAUUGUAUCUCCAGCAUAUUCUGCAAAUAUUGACGAUCGAACUAUGCAUGAGCUCUACCUUUGGCCUUUUGCCGAAGCUGUUCGAACGGGUGUAGGAGCAACAAUGACAGCUUACAAUCGAGUUAACGGCACGAUGUCCAGUGAACAUUCAUAUCUCAUUAAUGCACUACUCAAAGACGAGCUUGGAUUUCAAGGCUUCGUCAUGACUGACUGGCUUUCUCAAAUCACUGGCGUCGCAUCGGCCAUUGCGGGUAUGGAUAUGAGCAUGCCCGGUGACCCAGUCAUCCCGCUUCUCGGUAGAUCACUAUGGAUGUACGAAAUGACCCGCGCCACACUCAACGGAUCAGUUCCUAUGGAAAGACUUAACGAUAUGGCCACUCGCAUCGUCGCGACUUGGUACAAGUUUGGACAAGACCAAGACUUUCCCAAAUUAAGCUUCGACACCAACACAUAUGAUGCUGUAGGCCCUCUGUACCCUGGAGCUUGGCCCAACUCACCCACGGGAGUCGUCAAUAAAUUCGUCCAGGUGCAAGAUGAUCACGACGUGAUCGCCCGACAAGUCGCUCAGGAAGCCAUCACUAUGCUCAAGAACGAUAACAACCUUCUGCCACUCAGCAAAAAAAGCCCUCUUAAGGUUUUCGGUACAGGUGCCCAAAUCAAUCCUGAUGGUGCUAACGCUUGUGCCGACCGAAACUGCAACAAAGGCACAUUGGGUCAAGGCUGGGGAUCUGGGACUGUCGACUACAUGUACUUGGACGAUCCCAUCGGCGCCAUCAAGAAAGAGGCUGAUGAUGUCGCAUUCUACAACACCGAUAAAUUCCCUUCUGUCCCGAGUGCGACUGACGAUGACGUUGCAAUUGUCUUCGUGACUUCGGAUGCGGGCGAGAACACAUACACGGUCGAAGGUAACCAUGGCGAUCGGGACGCUGAUAAGUUGAACGUGUGGCAUGGCGGAGACGCUCUCAUCAAAGCUGCGGCUGAGAAAUACAAGAAUGUUGUUGUGGUGAUACACACUGUCGGGCCUGUCCUACUUGAACAGUGGCAUGACAUGCCCUCGGUCAAAGCAAUUCUCGUUGCCCACCUUCCUGGACAAGAAGCUGGCAAGUCUCUAACGAAUAUUCUGUUUGGUGAUGCAUCUCCCUGUGGACAUCUGCCAUACAGCAUCACCAAGAAGGAGGAUGACAUGCCCGAGAGUGUUGUGAAGCUUAUCGACUCUGGCUUCAUCGAUCCACCACCAGAUACCUAUUCUGAAGGUUUAUAUAUUGACUAUCGUUGGCUCAACAAAGAGAAGAUUCGACCUCGCUACGCUUUUGGUCACGGUCUCAGCUACACUAACUUCACGUACUCGAACGCGACCAUCAAGAGAAUCACUACACUAACCCAAUACCCUCCCAAAAGGUCAGCGAAAGGUGAUGUCCUAGAAUAUUCCCAGGAUAUUCCCGAUUACAAAGAGGCCAUAAUGCCAAGUAACUUCAAGACAGUUUGGCGCUACCUUUAUUCUUGGCUUUCAGAGUCUGAUGCAAAGAAGGCCGUUGAAGCAGCUGGAAAAUCCAAAUACCCUUACCCAGAUGGUUACUCGACUAAGCAGAAGACGGCUAUUCCACGUGCAGGUGGCGCGCAAGGCGGAAAUCCAGCGCUCUGGGACGAAGCUUAUACCAUCUCAGUACGAGUCACUAACUCAGGCGCUAAAUUCGCUGGAAAGGCUUCUGUUCAAGCCUACGUCCAAUUUCCGGAGAGUGCCGGAUACGAGACUCCCAUCAUCCAACUUCGUGACUUUGAGAAGACGGGGAUCAUCAAGCCAGGAGAGAGUGAGACUGUGCAAUUGACUUUGACAAGGAAGGACCUGAGUGUUUGGGAUGUUGAGGCGCAAGAUUGGCUCGUGCCUAAGCCGGAUGGAGAGUAUCGGGUCUGGUUGGGAGGUGCGAGCGAUGUCCUGGACGUUGUCUGCUAUACUGAUGAUCUGAGUUGCGACGACGAUGCUGAUGGACCUGUAUCAUACGAUUGA